GUUGUUACUUUCUGGGAAGGAGAGAUUGUUGACACAAAGAAUCAUACUUUCUUCACUGGCAAGUGGGAAGCAAAGCCUGAAGACGACAUAAGGCACUGGACCAAAUUUCCAUCUUUCUCACCCCUUCUGAGCAAAGUGGAGGUUGAUGGUGGGAGAUAUUUGGACUUAAGUAACUACCCCUGCAUAUUUAUGAGAUGGAAAGAGCAAUACUUUGUGAAUGUUGGAACUGACUGUGGGUUAACCAUAGCUGGUUUCUACUAUGUUUGCUUCUCCUGUAGUGAUGGCUCCAUCAAUGGUUUCUAUUAUGAUCCCAAUAGCAGCCCAUUUCAGAAACUUGAGCUGAAGUCCACCAACGAGGGAAGAUUGGGUUUCAUUUUUUCCUCCCUAUGA